GCUGGGCAAUUAUCAUGUUUCUCGAGGCUGUGCUUGCUCCCAAAAAGCUCUACCCCGCCCAGGACAUAUCACAAUUCUGCCUCAGCUCACCGCCCGGUAAAUGCAUCCCAAUCGCAUGGGUGACAGUUUAUUAGUAGUGUCGGCCUACCUUAAUCUGACGAUUACCAUGGCCAAACCUGUGCAACGGCUGUGCGUUAUCCGAGAGUCCUUACGGCCAACAUGCGGCGUAAGGAUCGCAGUCUGUACGCAGAGCCCUCCCGAUCCGAAAGAAUCAGUGUCUACCGCGAUUCCGAUUGCAAAGCUAUCUUCUCUGGACACGACCGCGGCCGACUGCGCCAGCGGAAGGCUAUUGCGUCCGUCGUCCGCGAACGCGGUCUUUGGGUCCCCGGCUUUUCUACCGAACGCUUAAUUACCAUAUUACGGUCACUUCAGAAGGAUAGGAUAUUCGAGCAUUCCUCCUAUGCUUGCAGAGCUUUCCCGGAGCUCUUCCUAGACGAAGAGCCCACAUCACCGGCGGCCGCCUCUGCUCCACCCUCCGCGACCGUUCUGGCCCAAACCGCGAUGGCUUCCAUCGGCCGACCCCAGAAAGACCUCGUCGAAUCUCUCGAGAGGCUCUACACAACCGGGAUCUACUCAGAUCUGACGAUAUCCUCUAUUGCCAAAACCUACUCCGUCCACCGCGCUAUUGUCUGUCCACGGUCUGACUUCCUGGCUGCCGCAUGCCGUAGUCCUUGCAAAGAAUCUUCCGAUGGCUCGAUCCACCUUCCAGACGACGAACCAUGCGUCGUCGAUAUGAUGAUGCAAUAUUUUUACCUCCUGGACUACGGACAAUCGCUUUACACAGACAACCUUUUACAAACGCCAGAGCAAGAGCCAAGCGAGUCUGAAAGCAUAACUUGUCUCCUUCUACACGCCAAGGUGUAUACAAUCGCAGAAAAAUAUGCCGUUGAUGGUCUCAAAGACCUCGCCGUAGCCAAAUUCAAGGCGGCUGCUGCACAGGCUUGGGAGCCGAACGAUUUUUUACAUGCGGCUACCGAGGCCUAAACCUCCACCAUCGAUACUGAUCGGGGUUUCCGGGACGCUGUCCUCGAGGCAUUCGCGGUGCAUGAGGACCUGUUAGAUGAUGAUGAAGCCAAGACAACCAUUAAGAGCCUAGGCUCACUUCCCUAUGAUCUUCUUCUGUACUUACAUCGGGAAGGGAAAUUCCAUUAUUAGUACAGCAUACUACCAGCUCGACCUUGCCUUCAAAUGAUUGCUUUCUAAACAUAGCAGCCGGGGGCUUGUACAAUAACUGCACCAAUUAGGGAUAAGAAUAAUACUAUGAAUUC